AUGAGCCUGGCCGUAACUGACAUCACGGAUGAAAGCUUCAAAGUCACGUGGUCUCCAUCCGCUGACCCUGACCUUGAGGGUUACCGUGUCGUGGUGUCCGGGCUGGACACGACAGUUGUCAAUCAGAGCACAGACGAGGCAUCGUUUCCGGUGGUUGGCCUGUCACCAGAGACUGUAUACGUCAUCAGGGUGACAUCCCUGUUCUCUUCGAGCGGUUGGAGGUCGCAGAGUGAAGCGGCAAUGAUACAGGCAGUCACAGCUGCCACGCCAACCACUUCACCUGUAACCUCUGCUACAACCAAGCAGACAAGUCGGUUCACAACCCUCCUUUCCACCCAACCACCGGCUACAACCGUAGGGGACAACGUCUUCACAUCAACAACCACUGAUACAACUCAGCAGACAAGUAGGGUGACGACAACGCCAAAUGCAAGGGAAAUACCCUUGCCUGGAUCCACCACGCAGCAACCUGGACAUGUUUCACAAGAAACCAAAGAGACCAGCAGCAGGCUGCCGUUGAGAAAUACCGCAACGCCAGCAGACCAGGUAAACAGCCUGGGCAGUAUCUAUGCAGCAUCCGUCUCCCCAAACCCACAGGAUGUACUGCAGAUACUGGCGCAGUCGAAGACUCGGGGUGUCUCUGUACAUGCUGCUGUGUCGGAACAGCAAAUAUCAGCUGCUGAGGAAAGGGCACAGGACAUGGCCGUGGGAGUUCUGAAUUCCAUCACCAGCAAACUGGACAAACUGGACAUGUCUGACCCGUCCAUUGUCCAGUCUGUGGGAGGAUCUCUGUUGGAGUCCAUUGGUUCUCUGCUGGAGGAACCAGAGAGAGAUGCGAAAGACGUUAAUGGGAAGAUCGCAUCUGAUCUAGAGGAAGACCAGAGUCUCUCUCCAGAGAUGCGCCUUGCAAAGGCAAAAGAAAAGGAGCAGAAGAACCAAGCUCAGAGAGAAAGGCUUGUCCAGGAAAGCCACCGGGUUAUGGAUGGUCUGUUCAAUGCCAUCUUCGGCACCAUGAGGCCAGGAGCGCCACUGAUUACCAUCGAGAGGGGCGGUGUUUCUCUAAGCGCGCAGAGGGUUCGUGGCGACCAGUUUGGAGGCCAGUUGGUGCAUAUCGGGAAUGGCAGCUUCCAUAUUCCGUCUAAAGUAGCGCUGUUCGGCGACUAUACACCGCACAGCGUCAAUAUAAAGUUGAUGCAGUUCCAACAGAACCCAUACACCUGGGGGCGCAGGGAGUACCAGGUACGUUCGCCUGUCAUUGAACUGUCACUCCAACAGAACAACAUCCCCGUGGCCAUCAACAACCUGACUGAAGACUUCAACAUCACCAUUCCGGGAGGCCCCAGAGACAAGCCGGCUCGGACAAGCGUCGCCUUCCCUACCCCAGGAAACGGGAGCUCAAGCUACCAUUUGCUGAACCUCAACAACACCGCAGAAGGAUUCCUGGUCACAAUCACCCCGCUGAACACAAGCGUGGUGUACGGCGUGUGGGGCAGGUACGGCGGCCGCCCGGAUGAUCAAAACUACAACCUGUCCAUGGAGACGUACGUUCUACCCGAGGAGUGUGCCUUGGUGAAAACUCUGAGUGGCGAUGAAGAGACAGAUAGGACAGAGGCAACAAUGUUCAUCAAAGGAGAGGAUGAUCCUGUGGAUUACUACAUCAAGGUCUCCGUUCUUGGACCGUUGGCCGAGUGUGAUAUUGAGAAAAAAGCUGACAUGAAGGAAUCACAUACCAAUGACGUCUACGCCUACCGAAUCCAGUGGGUCCGUUUGAGCUGCGUCUACUGGAACGAGACCCAGGACGACUGGAGGACUGACGGCUGCACGAUAAGCGAGCAGUCCACCAUAGCCAGAACCAUCUGUCACUGCAAUCAUCUGACGGCCUUUGGGCGUGACUUUGCCACACCUCCGAACACCUUCGACCUCCUGAAGUUCAGUGUUAAUGAUUUGAGGGAUAACGGUGCCGUUGUGACAGCCAUCCUCUUGGCAUUCUUUCUGUACUCGUUUGCAUCAGCCGUGAUCUGGAUUGCUGAGCGUGUACGAAAAAGGAAGUUACAUCACACUGUAAGGUUGGACGACAAUCAAAAUGGCCGCCUGUAUCGCCUGGUCAUCUGGACAGGUGCAGCUAGGCAUGCUGGGACAGAGUCCACCGUUACCUUCAAGCUUUUGGGGGAUGCUGCAAACUCUGAUGUUAGAUCUGUCGACAUUGCAGAGAAGGUUUUUACCCAAGACAGCCAGGUGACACUGAGCUUCAGCACAGCAGAACAGCUGGGUAACGUGGAGAAGCUGCAGCUCAUGCACGACAACAGUGGGGAGGGGAGCCGUGCAUCGUGGUACGUGGACAGAGCAGCGGUGGAGGAUCUCACCACGGGCAAACUGUCCUAUUUCUUCUGCGGUGAGUGGCUGGCAGCCGACCGCGGGGACGGGCAGGUGGUGAAGACCUUUCCUGUCGCCACUGAGCAGGACCUGCGAUCCUUCGGGUUCCUGUUCCCGGCAAGUCUGCGGAGAAAUCUGGAAGAGGAGCACCUCUUCUUGUCCGUCAUUACCAUGCCUGAAGGUAACACAUUCACCCGUAACGAGAGGCUCGGCUGCUGCCUGUGUCUACUCACCUUGUCCAUGCUGUCCAGCGCCAUGUGGCUGAGCGAUGAAAAAGUAACUCAGGUUGUGCAGGGCUUCAGUCUGGGGCCCUUCUCCUUCACCUUGAACACUGUCUACACGGGAAUCAUGACCAGCAUCACCUACUUUCCCGUCAUCAUAGUCAUAGUCCUGCUGUUCCAGUACAGCCGACCCAGCAACAAGGGCGACCGAAGGGUCAGAGAUGUGGAGAUGGGCGACCCAGCCGAGUCACCCACACAGCAAGGGCGAGCCAAGCGCCUGCCACACUGGUGCAAGUACCUGGCCUGGGUGCUGGUGGUGCUAUCUACUGCGGGGUCAGCUGUCUUCACCGUGCUGUACAGUCUAGACUGGGGCAAGGACAAGUCCGAGGAGUGGCUGUCUGCCUACUUCAUAUCCUUUAUGGUAGAUUUGUUCCUCCUGCAACCAGCGAAGAUAUUGCUCCUCACAAUCUUGACUUUAUCCGUUCGCAAGUCGCAAGCCGUCAAGACGAUUUUUGAAGAGAAGCGGGACCCGACUGAAGCUAGCGUGAUUUGCUCUUCGCCAAAGGAGGCAGGCUUCAACAGCGCUGCAUUUCGCCUGAAGAGGAAGAUGGAGCGACUAUCAAUGACGUCCCUUGCCAACAUCAAACAAGCAGGAAUGAGGCAGCGCAGGGACAGGAGAUUUGGGGACACCUUUUGGGCCAUCGUGUGUUUCUGCUGUUUCCUUCUGCUCGUCCUCAGCAUUGCCAACGAGCACCACAGCACCGCAGAGGGUUUCCGUCAGACACAGGGCACAGUCAGCACCUUUCUGCAGUCUGUGGACGAGGUAAAUGAUGCUCUCACUUUCUGGUCCUGGCUGGAAGAGACCGCUCUGCAGAGCUUCUACCCGGAGACUUCCUACAAUGGUGACAAGCCACGCUGGGAGGACCAGGUCUUCACAGCUGACAGGCAGACAGUCCUGGUCUACCCACCUAGCCUGAUUCAAGCCCGAGUAAAGCCAGCGUAUGAUGAAUACGCCAAGGAGACAGGGGCGUUUGAGAAGGGAUGGGGAAGGGUCAGGAAUACGUCAGCAAUUGAAGCAGCAGCCCCUGGAUGGACCUACCUCCCCAGUGGCUACCCCAGCCUCCCCAUCUACGGUGUGACGACGCACUACUGGGGAGACGGCUUCGGUCUCCACCUGGGAAAAUUUGCAGACGAGAUGCGCAGCAUCCUAGCAGACCUGAAGGCCAACCGUUGGAUCGACAAGCGCACGAGGGUCAUCUUCUUGGAAGCGAUCCUCUACAACAAAAACACAGAUCUUUUCACAUCGUUGACGGUGGUGUUCGAAUUCUCCGAGACGGCCGGAGUUUUCUCUCGUCACCACGUGCAGACAUUUCGACUUCAUCAACGGCCGGGGACAAUCGGAUACAUCUACGUCCUGUUGGAAAUCAUUUACGUCAUCGUUCUCCUCUACUCAUUGUGGAGGGAAGCGAAAACUGUACGCGCAGCCGGCUUGGCCUACCUGACGGGACCAUGGAAUAUUGUCGAAAUCUUCAAUUUCUUCUUGGCAUUCACUGUCAUUACCUUGUAUAGCUUUAAGAGAAUCUACAGCUCGAAAGUCCUGGUGGAGACCAAUGGAGGGAAAGUUCAACCCGUACCUCGCUAA